GCUGCUGAAACGGGAAGUGGAAAAACUGGUGCUUUCAGCAUUCCAGUUAUCCAGAUUGUUUAUGAAACGCUGAAGGACCAGAUGGAAGGCAAGAAAGGGAAAGCAACUAUUAAAACUGGUGGGGCAGUGCUCAAUAAAUGGCAAAUGAACCCGUAUGAUAGAGGAUCAGCUUUUGCAAUUGGAUCAGAUGGUUUGUGUUGUCAAAGCAGAGAAGUAAAGGAAUGGCAUGGAUGCAGAGCAACUAGAGGUGUGACUAAAGGGAAGUACUACUAUGAAGUUUCUUGUCAUGACCAAGGCUUGUGCAGAGUUGGUUGGUCAACUAUGCAGGCUUCACUAGAUUUGGGUACUGAUAAAUUUGGCUUUGGCUUUGGUGGCACUGGUAAGAAAUCUCACAACAAGCAAUUUGACAGCUAUGGCGAGGAAUUCACUAUGCAUGAUACAAUUGGGUGUUAUCUAGACAUAGAUAAAGGACAAAUAAAAUUUUCCAAAAACGGGAAGGACCUCGGCCUUGCGUUUGAAAUCCCACCACACAUCAGGAACCAAGCACUUUUUGCAGCUUGUGUACUAAAGAAUGCUGAAUUGAAAUUCAAUUUUGGUGAAGAAGACUUCAAGUUUCCACCAAAAGAUGGCUAUAUUGGUCUUUGUAAGGCUCCUGAUGGUAGUGUUGUAAAAUCACAACACUCAGGUAAUGCACAAGUGGUUCAAACACAGAACCUUCCAAAUGCUCCAAAAGCAUUGAUUGUAGAACCUUCAAGAGAGCUGGCAGAACAAACUUUGAACAAUGUGAAGCAGUUCAAAAAAUAUGUUGAUAAUCCCAAAUUAAGGGAACUGUUGAUUAUUGGUGGGGUUGCUGCAAGAGAUCAACUCUCUAUACUGGAACAAGGAGUGGAUAUUGUUGUCGGAACUCCUGGAAGACUGGAUGACCUGGUCUCAACAGGAAAGCUUAAUUUAUCUCAAGUGAGAUUCCUGGUUCUGGAUGAAGCUGAUGGCCUUCUCCUCCAAGGUUAUUCAGAUUUCAUAAACAGGAUCCACAGUCAAAUUCCUCAGAUAACUUCAGAUGGAAAGAGACUUCAGGUAUAA